AUGACUUUGUUUCUGAAGAUUGUAUUUCAGCAAGGAACCACCAAGCUUAGCGUGGAAAAAGACAAAACUUCUAUUACCAGCGACAUUGGCAUGGAAUUUGUUGAUCCCCGGACACAAAAUACCUUGUUCAGCACAGACUACGAAACUCACGAGUUUCAUCUGCCAAAUGGAGUUAAAAUCUUGAAUGUACAGAAGGCCUCUACGGAGAGGAUUACCAGCAACGCGACCAGCGAUCUAAACAUAAAGGUCGAUGGCCGUGCUAUCGUCCGUGGGAACGAAGGUGUUUUCAUCACAGGCAAGACCAUUGAGUUUCGGAUGGGGGGUAACAUGGAACUCAAAGCAGAAAACAGCAUUAUCCUGAACGGAACGGUGAUGGUCAGCCCGUCGCGCCUCCCAAGCUCUGCUUACGGGGAGCAGUUCAGCAGUGGCAGCUGGCUGCGGUUCAAGCUGUGCAUGUGUGCGGACGGGACGCUGUUCAAGGUGCAGGUGACAGGGUCUAACAUGGGUUGUCAGACUGCCGUCAAUCCCUGCGGAGCCACCCACUGA